GGCAGACAUACACUAUAAGAAAGAAAGAUACAAAAUCAAAGAGUACUACACCCGCAGUUCAAAUAAAAGAUAAAGAAAAGAUACAGAAGACUGUAACAGUAAAAAGAAAAAGAAACGAAAUUAGCGAAGAAAGUUUUCAAUCCUCUGAUGAAUGUUUCUCCCCCGAAAUUAAAUAUACUGGCCCUCCUGUAAGAUAUAAACUCUCUUAUAAAAAAGACGGACAACCUGAGAUUAUUAAAGAGAUUAUUAAAGAGACUUCAAAAUGAAUGCAAAAUUGAAUAAGUGUUCCGAUAACGAAAUAUAUCAUUUGUUGAUGUCUGAUAUAGAAAGUAAAAUUCCUGUAAUUAAAUUACACAGAAUUGCAAUCAAUGAUCAUUUGGUAGAACCUAACAAAAACAAAAAUAUAAAUUAUUUCGAAUCCGAUGAAUUAUUUGACUCGAACAAAUCCAUGUCAAAGAAUAGUUCCACUAGAAAAUCCACAACUUCAUUGAAAAUUAAAUUGAGACGUUCUACGGAGCAAAGCAAUUAUAAAAUUGAUAAUAGAAGUAAUAAGAAGAUUACUAAAAACAUAAAGGAAAACAAUGAUCCGGUGGAAUCACCACGUAGAAUAGAAAGACGUCGCAGUCGACCUAAAAGAUUCAGUGAUUAUGAAUGUGAUAUAGCUCCUGAUUUUGAUUCUUUAAGAUUAAGAACAAGAAGAACUAUUAAUUGCAACGAGGAUCUUACUAACCAUAAUUCAUCUUCAGAGCAUAAUAAACAUGAAGAUAGUGAUUUUAAAGGACGUUUAAUAAAACAGAAACAAUUAUCAGAAGUAUUAAAUGAUACAGAAGAAAGUAUACAAAUUGUAGAUGAUAAUCAGUUACAAAAUAUUACAGAUACACCUAAGAAAGCAACUAAACGUAUUGCUCGUACAAAAUUUACAAUAGAUAUAAUGGAUGAAGAUUUAAAUAAUACUGAUAAUACUUUAUUAUUAACUAAAAAACAUAGACAGACUGCUAAGAAUAAAUUAUUAGAUGAACAAAAUAGAGAUAAUGACGAAGAAGAAAUAAAUGAUUUAUGCGAUGGUAUUAAGAUGAUGUCAAAUAAUGUUUUAACACCAAAAAAGAAAAAUAAUAGGCAGGAACAGAAAGAAUCCAAAGAUUUGAAAAAUAUAAGGACACCAAAAGCAUCUGUUUCAUUUAAAUUAAAUAAUUUGACACCAUCUAUGGAAAAAAGAACUUCAUUAUUAACAAAGCCAUUAACACCUUUACAACAAAGUAGAUCUAAAUUACAUGUAAGCGUUAUACCAAAAUCAUUACCUUGUAGAGAAGAAGAAUUUAAUAAUAUUUUCACAUUUUUGGAAGGAAAAUUAAAGGAUAAAUGUGGAGGAUGCAUUUACAUAAGCGGAGUUCCUGGAACAGGUAAAACUGCAACUGUAAAUGAAGUAAUACGUUGUUUAAAAAGAUCAGUGGCAAAAGGAAAACUGGAUGAUUUUAACUUUUUUGAAAUUAAUGGUAUGAAGUUGACAGAACCGAGACAAGCUUAUGUGCAAAUUUGGAAGCAGAUGAAUAAUGGUAACACUUGUACAUGGGAAAAAGCAUAUCAUGAACUUGAAAAACGAUUUACUAGUAAAAAUUCUAAAAGGCUAAUGACUUUGUUACUUGUAGAUGAGCUUGAUCUUUUGUGCACAAAACGACAGGAUGUAGUUUAUAAUUUACUAGAUUGGCCUACUAAAGCGAAUGCACAAUUAGUUGUUAUUACCAUAGCUAAUACUAUGGAUUUGCCAGAAAGAGUAUUAAUGGGUCGUGUUACUUCACGAUUAGGUCUUACGCGAUUAACAUUUCAACCAUACAAUCAUAAACAAUUACAAGAAAUAGUAUUAACAAGACUUAAGGAUUCAGAUGCAUUCAGAAGCGAAGCUAUACAAUUAGUUGCACGGAAAGUAUCUGCUGUAUCUGGAGAUGCUCGUAGGGCUUUAGAUAUAUGUCGACGUGCCACUGAGAUUGCAGAACUGCAUGAAAGAGAAAAAGUUACCAUGCAAGAUGUAAAUGAAGCUCUAUCAGAAAUGAUUGAAAGCUCUAAAGUUCAAGCUAUAAAACAUUGUUCAAAAAUGGAGCAAAUGUUUUUGCAAUCUAUAUCUGCACUAGUAACACGAACUAGUAUCGAAGAAGCUUGUUUUAAAGAUGUAUAUCAUCAACUUUGUUCUGUAUGCUCCUUUGAAGGUAUUCGGAUACCUAAUAUAACAGAAGUAUUUGCUAUAUGUGGAAGAUUGGAAGCUAGUAGAUUGAUAAUACGUGACAAUGCACGGAUGGAUAUACAUCAAAGAAUUUUGUUAAAUGCAUCAGCAGAUGAUAUUCAUUUUGCAUUACAACCCAUUAAUCUUAAUUAAAAAUAUGUAUUUGUUUUUUUUUCUUAAUUAAAUUCUUAAUGACUGACUGUUGU